GUUGAUCGCAAGAAAAUAAUAGCCGGACGUCAUUCGCGAUUUGUGCUUGUCAAAUCCGAUGGACUAUCCCUGAAGGAGUCGCUCAUUGAGAGUUACAACGAAGGCUCGAAGAUGCAUUACCUGUGCUUUAGAAAGAUCUUCAAGCGCAACAUGCGCCUGUCCGAUUCUCGUCGACGCAACAGCGAAGACUGCUACCACGAGUUAUCUCAUCAACGAAAACCUAGUGUAGUUGGUGAUGUGAACGCGUCCGGUGAUGCUCCCAUCGUAGCCGUCGAGAAGGACGAAAAGGCCAAGGAGCUGAUCAGGGACGCGAUCCUGAAGAACAAAUUCUUGGGAAACCUCACUCAAACGCAGCUCGAGAACCUGAUCUCGGUGAUGUACCCUAAACAGGUUAAAGCUAACACUCGGAUCAUUCACGAAGGGGACAUUGGAUCUCACCUGUACGUCUCGGAGGAAGGCACAUUCGAGAUCUACGUAGGUGAUACUUACCACGGAAGCUUUGGUCCCGGUAUCGCUUUCGGAGAAUUGGCACUCUUGUACGACACCAAACGAUUGUGCUCCAUUGACGCGAGCACGGUUGGGAAGGUCUGGAUGCUAGACAGAAACGUGUUCAGAACGAUAAUGGCGGUUGACAGUGAGCAGACCACGGAACGCAAUCUUCAAAUGCUUCGCAGCAUUCCGAUAUUUAAAGACUUCGCGGAGGAGGUUCUGCUAAAGAUUUGUGACCUGAUCGUGGUGGAAUUUUAUCCUGCGGACGUUUACAUAAUACGUGAAGGUGAAUUUGGGAGCAAAUUCUACAUCGUGAGCGGCGGAAGCGUGAAGGUGACGAAGAACAAACCGGGGGGAGAACAGGAACUAACGAUGCUUGAGAAAAACGAGUAUUUCGGUGAGAAAGCGCUGUACGACGAGGAGUCUUCUCGUCAUGCGAACGUGAUCGCGAUGCCUCCUGGAGCCGAGUGCUACACCAUAGAGAGAUCGACGUUUCUGACAUACCUCGGCGGACUGGAAUCAAUCGCGAAGAAGAACUGGUUGAAACACCAGAAGUUCACAGAUCUCGACGACUGGAGCGAGGAGUUCAAAAAGUUGACUCUGUCGGAUUUGGAGGUAGAAGGGACACUCGGGGCCGGUGGAUACGGUCGUGUGGAGCUGGUGACCGUAAAAUCGUUUCCAGGGAUAAGUUUCGCUCGAAAGAAAGUGAAGAAACAUAUGAUUACGCAGGGUGGCUAUCAAAGGAUGAUUUACAGCGAGAAGAUGAACUUGAAACUGUGCGAAUCUCUAUUCAUUCCCAGGUUAUUCAGGACCUUCAAAGACAAAAGGUAUCUGUAUUUCUUGAUGGAGGUAUGCCUUGGCGGCGACUUAAGGACUGCCUUGAAUAGAAAUGGCCGUUACGACAAUUCAUCCGCCAAAUUCAUCGUCGCCUGCGUGGUUGAAGGUCUCCACUAUCUCCAUUCACUGGGCAUCGUCUACAGGGAUUUGAAGCCUGAGAAUAUCGUGAUCGACAUUAGCGGCUAUACUAAGAUUACUGAUCUCGGAUCCAGCAAGAAGAUCGGUGCCUACAAAACGAAGACCUUCAUGGGAACGCCAGAAUACUUAGCACCCGAAAUCAUUCAGUGCAAAGGCUACAAUCAAGCUGUCGAUUAUUGGGCGUUGGGAAUCUUCACGUACGAACUACUUCUGAAUCGAACACCAUUCGAAAAUGUCAACGACAUGGAGAUAUACAACCAAAUUCUUCUAGGUAUCAAUGAUUCGCUUUUGCCGUCUACUCUGAGAACGCCAGCAAAGCAAUUUAUUACAUCUCUGUUGCAAAAUGAUCCUAUUAAAAGACUCGGAUGUUUGCGAAAUGGUGUCGCCGAUAUCCGCAAUCACAGAUGGUUCCAUGGUUUCAACUGGCGAGACUUGCAAAGUCAAAGAAUGCCAUCGCCUAUUGUACCGACGGUGAAAGGGCCUCUCGAUCGGAGAAAUUUCGACAGGUUGCCACCGGAUUACAAAGCAGCACCAUCCGAUUUUUCCAACUGGGACUUUCCAGUGUUUUGUAUAAAAUACUACAAAAUGGAAACCCAUGAAAACGAGCAAUAUGUUACAUUUCCUCUUUCUGGGGUACAUGAUGGUAUACAAGAUAACAUUAUAUCUCAUGAGGAGAUAUGUGAACCUGUUGAUGAGUGUGUCCUUCAAGAAGGGCUCACCGAAGUGUCCGUUACAGAUGUGAACGCUGGUAUUACAGAGGCACAGGUUGCAGUUGAAAUUUUAGCUGAACAUUCUGACGAGGAAGAUGAGAAUCGUGUGGUAUAUCCCAUAUAUAUUAAACAAGAAGAACAGCAACAAUAUACUUCAGGAGAUGACGAGUCUAUGGCUGUGGAAGCAUUGCGACAACUCGGUGGAAUGUAUCCUUGUUUCGAGGAUAAGAAAGUGUCUUGUCCUAAUUGUGUAAAUCUUUUUUCACAGGCUGAAAUGGCCAAGCAUCAUGCUACAUGUACGACUAAUAAAUUGUCCUGUAUGACCUGUGGAGAAAGAUUUGAAAGGAAAAUGGAUUUAAAUAAUCACAUGGUUUGUCAUCAGGUAGAUCGACCACAUGCGUGCAGAACUUGCGGCAAUCUGUUUCGUUCUAAGAGUAGCUUAAGAUGUCAUAUGUUGGAAGUCCACCAAGUAGAAAGGCCUCACAAGUGUACGAUAUGUGGGGCAGACUUUCAGAGGCCUUCUAGUUUAUCUAAUCACAUGAAAAUUCAUACUUAUGUAGCUGGUCGUGCCAUUAUGCAGUCACAGGGUAAUAAUGUCUCGCAACAAUCUGAGGAAACAUUUAGAAAAUGGCCUGAAGAUGUAACAGAGACCCAAAACAAUCAAGUGCCAUCUUCUUCAGUGCAGACUGUACAAACUUACGACACUGUCCAAUGGACAGUUCCAACUUACAGUUUUCACAAUGAACAAUCAGCAGUUAACACAAUUUCUAAUCCUCAGGAAAAAAUAGAUACAUUACAUGAAUUCACUGUAAUGCCAAAUGGAGAAGUAGCACAAUUUGAAUACACUCAACAGAGCAACAUAAACAAUCAAGUCAGUCAGCAGUACAAUCUUUCAUUGAAUUCUUUUAGUAACACAGAUGCAAUGGUGAAAGUUGAAACUUUAUCUUAUAACAGUGAAAAUAGAAGGAAUUAUUCAGAAAUUGAAACAAAUGGUACAAAGCAGCACACUUGCAGACAUUGCGGUAUUAGUUUUUCUCGAGCAACAGCAUUGGUGUCUCAUGAAAAAAUACAUGCCUCUAAAAAUUGGAAUAUGCCAAUCGAAUGUGAGUACUGUGAUAAACAGUUCCAAGAUGGAAAUCACUUAGCUACCCAUCAAACAACUUGUGCUAAAAAGAUGAUGCAGAAUAAUAUAGAGCAAGGUACACCUAACAAUAAGUGGGGUAAGCAUGCAUGUUCUGAAUGUGGUAAAAAGUUUACUACUAAGCAAAAAAUGUUCAGACAUCAGUGGAUUCAUAGAAAGAAAACACAUUCCUGCGAGGUUUGUGGUUCUCAAUUUGAAAAACAAAAUCAAUUAGAUGAACACAGAUUAUCUGCACAUCCCGGUGAUUCUCCAUUUACUUGUACAGAGUGUGGUAAAAGCUUUGUAUCUCGUCAGGGGCUUUGGGAACAUGGUAGAACUCAUGCUGGAAGCCCUGCACAUUUUCAUUGUGAUACAUGUUCCAAAACAUUUUCAUCUAGACAGGGGUACUUAAUCCAUCAUCGAACACACACUGGAGAAAGACCAUAUGGUUGCAAAUUUUGUUGGAAAGCAUUUAGAGAUGGUGGAACUCUAAGAAAACACGAACGCAUUCACACAGGAGAAAGACCACACGUUUGUCCUCUGUGCUCAAGAGCAUUUAAUCAAAAAGUUGUUCUGAGAGAACAUGUUCGAUGGGUUCACGCAGCAGGAAAGAACGAAACUGAAGUAACUGGACCACCUUUUCCAUGCCCUAUAUGCGGUGCGUUAAAUCAAGAUCGAGAUGAAUUAUGUGCACAUAUUGUUAAACAUUCUGAUCAAAUGAUAGCAGAAGCUAAAGCCAAGACAAACAAUAAUGCCCCAAAACCCAAGCCAACUAAGAAAAAAUCAAAAACAUCUCCAAGCACUACCUUACAAGGAAAGCAAGCAGCUGGAAAUAGAAUGAUUUCUAAAGCAGAACAGAAUGAAGCACUUUUAUCUAUCACAGAAACAGAUAAGUCGGACGAUCAGCAGAUUUUAAACGAUAAGCAAAAUAGUACCUUCCUUGUAGUAACUACGGACAAACGUAAUGAAAAUUAUAUCGCAAUAUCAGAACUCAAAUCUGAUAGCGUACAAUUAAUAGUUGAUGAGAAACAAGAUGAAAAUAUGCACAUUUCGCAGACUGACCAUAGUCAUAGAGAAUCUUUAAAUAUGAUUGCUAUAGAUAAACAAAACAAUACAACUCAGAUUGUCACUACUGAAUCUGAAGGAAGUGCACUUCAUCCUACAACCAGUCAUAAUGAAAUGACUACAAUGCAUUUAAUACAGACAUCAAAACAAAGCAAUACUUUGCACUUAAUAUCAAAACAGAAUGAAUCAUUACCUGUUUUAACACUACCAAAUCCUCAGGGCCAUGAAAACUUUUCCAGUCAAAUUGCACAAAUAAAUAGUAGCGAUUUACCAAUGGAUAUGGUAACUCAUCAUUCAACUAGAGAAGAUCAAAGUAUGAAAGAUCCCCAUGAAAUUGGGCAAGAUACAUUAAUGCAAGAUGGGACAUCCCAAACAGCUGUAAUACAAGUUGUACAGUACCAUCAACAUGAAAGUGAUGAUGGAGAAGAGUUGGUCUGUGGUAUCUGUGGAGAAGAUUUUAAUGACAAAAACGUGUUAAUGGAACACGUUAAAAUUCACAUAUAAUUAUUGUUAUUGUUUUGUUAUUCGAGUUUGUGAUAAUCUUGUGCUAUUAAUGUGACUACAUAGAAAACAAUGAACUUGAACAUUAUUUACGUUAUUGCGACAAACAAAUGCGACUCAGCUAUUUAAACAUUAUACAAUAGAAGUAGCGGCAGCACCAAUUUUUUAUGUGUUUUAAAAACGCACUGAUAUUAAAACACAGGGAAUUUUUUAUUAUAUUUAUACAUUUUUAAUUAAUUCCUUUUUGUUUUACGAUUCCCAAAAAUGCUUUUGCACAUUUAGGUCGUAAACUAUACAUGUGAUUAAAUAAUGUACAUGUAUUAAAAUAAAAUCAGAUAGAUGAAUAUUUAUAUAUUAUGUGUAAUACACAUUAACGGUUACGGUAAAAAAAAAGUGGAAAACAUAUCGUAAAAAACAAUCCGAGGCUUAUGUACUUCUGCUUAAUGCAGUUUUAUAAACUGUUUGGUCUUUUAAAUUUAUGUAUCAUUUUACGAUACGUGAGUUGUAAAUGAACCAAAUGCCACUUACAAUGUAGAGUAUGAGGUGCAAUAAGGAAAUAAAGUGCAAUUUAUUUUCUA